GGGAGGGGGAGAGGAAAAAUAAUUCUUCAAAAAAGAAAAGUCAGUCUUCUCCUCUCCAGUCCGUGGAAAAUCCAAUGGGGACGUUGACAAGACAGUGUUUUUUAGGAAACGCGUCCAAAUAUACAGGGUAAGAGUGAAUGUGUGGGGAGGGGGAAAAAGUUGUGGGUUGUAGAAGUUAUCAAGUGGGAUUUGCGGCGCUCUCUGCAGGAAACCAAAGCGGCUCCAGUUCAAAGCCACAUGCACCAACGUGACAUAUAAGCCAUUAAAAUAUCAUCCUGACGGCUCAUUUCUGCUUCAUCAUACAUUCCCUAACUGCUCCCCGAAAGCUGGAAAAAGAGAAAUGAAGGAUGACCGCCUCACUGGAACCACAAAAGAGAGGCUUGGAGGGGUUUGUGGUCCCCCCUCAGCCACCCCAAAGUGAUGUGCAGAAAUGAGGCGAUCCCAGCAACAGGUGGAGCGAGGCUCAGAAAAUGAGAUUCAAGACUUCUUUGGUGAUGAGGAAACGAUUACGACUUUACCGAAACGCUCUGAAAGACUCAAGUAGUAGCUUCGGACACCAUGGCCCCCAACUUGCUGCCGCCUCCAGCCCCUCGGUGUUCCCUGGCCUUCAAGAACAGCCUCCCCAGGCCUCCGCCGGCGGCACUUUGAAUGGACUUCUGCGUCUGGGGCUCCCCGGAGAAAUGUACGGCCGGCCCGAACCCUUCGCGCCGGGACCAGUGGCCCGCAGCGACGCCCUGGCAGCUGCCGCGGCCCUGCACGGCUACGGGAACAUGAACCUGACCAUGAACCUCGCCGCGCCCCACGGUCCCGGCGCCUUCUUCCGCUACAUGCGCCAGCCCAUCAAACAGGAGCUCAUCUGCAAGUGGCUGGCGGCGGAGGGCCCUGCGCCCCGGCUCCUCUGCUCCAAAACUUUCAGCACCAUGCACGAGCUGGUCACGCACGUCACAGUGGAGCACGUCGGCGGCCCGGAGCAGGCCAACCACAUCUGCUUCUGGGAGGAGUGUCCGCGCCAGGGCAAGCCCUUUAAAGCCAAAUACAAACUUGUAAAUCACAUCCGCGUGCAUACGGGCGAGAAGCCCUUCCCCUGUCCUUUCCCGGGGUGUGGGAAGGUCUUUGCUAGAUCAGAAAAUCUCAAAAUACACAAAAGAACUCACACAGGGGAGAAGCCCUUCAGGUGCGAGUUCGAGGGCUGCGAGCGGCGCUUCGCCAACAGCAGCGACCGCAAGAAACACUCGCACGUGCACACGAGCGACAAGCCAUACACGUGCAAAGUGCGCGGCUGCGACAAGUGCUACACGCACCCUAGCUCCCUUCGUAAACACAUGAAGGUGCACGGGCGCUCACCGCCGCCUCCUAGCUCUGGCUUCGACUCAGCCACGCCGUCCGCCCUGGUGUCUCCUUCCUCGGACUUCGGCCGUGAACCCCCGGUGGCCUCCUCGGCGGCGGUGGCGGCGCGUGGCGCGGAACUGAGCGAAUGAUGUCCACCUCGUUGCUCGCAAGGUAAUCUCGCCCGGCGCAGCUGAGAGCCCGCAUCUCACGCUUGCGACAUCAAAGGGCCCGCGCACAAAGCAAUGUUUCUUCGCCACGGUGCAUCUUCAUGGUAAGUUAGGAUUUCUAUGGCAAUGGGCAAGUCGCACUGAAAUCCUGAAAGGCCGAGCCUGGAGCCCGUCCAGGCUUUUCAUUAAGGACAUAAUAUUUACGUCUAACAGGCCUUUUUUCUUGUGUAUACAAGUAUAUAUUUUUGUUUGACGCGGACUAAAUCAUUUUCAUUUAAUUUCCGGUAAACAAAACCCACGCGAAUGGGCACUUGUUCCCGAUCAUAAUAAAAAUGGAUAAUAAUGUGAGGGAAGAAAAAGGCCGCUUGAAUCGCCGCUCAGCCCCCUUUGUUUCUGCUUUCUGCGGUGAUCAGAGGGCGCAUUUGGGUUUGAUGGCGAGUUUCUAAAGGCGAGGAAAUGGUUUGUAAGAGGGGAAAGAAAAGGAGAAAGGUCUAAUCAAGCUCGGGUUGUUCAAAGAGUUGGGUUUUGGGGUUGAAAGUGUGAGUUUGACGGUGCAUCAGCAUGCCGCGUUAGGCUCGCUAUGGAAAUGCGCGCGGGGAGCGGCCGCUUCAAAGGCGGCACACUUCACUGCAGACACUCUAUUAAGAUACAUUCGCGCUGACCUUUGCUUUCACGCCAUUUAAUACUGUCACUAUGUUCUCCAGUGUAUACUUCCCCCUUAGGACCUGCCUCGCCGAUGUUUAGGGGUUCAUCCUGCAUUUGAAUGUAGGUGGGCGCUUUGGUGACAGCGACACUUGCGGGAAAGGGCGGAGCCGGACUCCGCACACCUUGGCUGCUCCUCUAAGAGGCUGCAAGGUCAGGAGUAAAUAACUUUAGGGCAACCUCAGAAGCUGAACAAAUGAGCACCCGCAGCUCGUUUUUGUGCAAAGCACCUCUCUGCAUCUUGAGCAAGGUGGAGGUAUGAAUUUGAAUGGGACUUGCAGGUCAAGAGAGCCACCUGGAUGAGUCUGGAAAGUUCAGACUGUGGCUUUCGGACAUUUCCACUUUGGCCCCCAGCACGGCCCAUUCAUCUCCUCUAUCCCAGAAGUCUCCUGUGUCUCCCCAAACUUACUUCUCCCUAUAGUAGUGUGUAUGGUACCCCUCAGGCCUGGGCUGGCCCUGGGCACGAGCUCAAGAGCACAAGGCCAAGGGAACAGGGAAGAUAGCUGGAAAGUUAGAAGUCCAUGUUUCCUUAAUUGUCAUGUUGUUUAUUUUAUCCAAGUACCCCAGUGAAUAGGGGAAAAAUAAACAUGGUGGAAAAAAAAUCAAACAGUGGAGUCUUCUUUAGUGCCAGUCCUUGUGGUUGAAUAAAAAGGAUGGUCCGCUCUCUAUUGAGUUGAGAAAUCUUUGAAGUGGGAGUUAUUAUCUGAGACAUUCCUGCCUGUUGUCCUAACAACGCUGAUGAAACGUAAAAGGUUCUUUGUCAGCGAUUUGUUCUCCUCUCUGUCAAACUCCGUCUGCCCUGUUAGUUUCAAACCGUUUCUAAAGAGAUAAAAAUCAAACUUCUUAAAAAAAAAAAAAAAGACAUGCACACUAACUGAUAACUUAGGACUAAGUCCUGCUAAGGGUAAAACAAAAGUAAUGCAGAGAUGUCAGGUCCAAGGCCUGUGGAGGUGUGCAGAUGUUGAGGGACCCUUUGCAAAGUAUCUGACACAUGCAAGUAGGCUUCUGUAUGCUCUGGCUUGCACUCAAUCAGUCCAAGUCAGCUCACCUGAGCCUCCUAUGGGGCCUCCUUGAGCUCCCAGUAUUUUUGCCCAGGAUCCUUGGAACCUAAGUCUGCCCAAGUUAUUGUUAAUAUUUCCUACUCCUUAAAAGACAAUCUCUGCUAAAAAUAGAAUGAUUUUCUGUUUUUCCUCACUAGCAGCAAUCAGCAAGCUUUUUCUGCCAUUAAUAGAAGGGAGAGUGGCAUGAGGGGGAGAGACAUUCUUAUGAUUUCCUGUUUUCUUCAGAAUCGUGGCAAUUGGAGUUCAGAAGAUUCAGUUUACAAGAUAGUGACCCCAGAAUGCAUGCAAAUGUCCCCUCCCAUCCACAUAUGCAGUUCUUCAAGUUAUAUUGUACACAGGAAAGAAACUUUUACCCGGUCCAUCUUUCCCCAAACCCCCUUCAUGUGGUUUUAGAGGUGGUUUAAAUAAACAAGGAUGUUCUGGUCUUUCUACUUCAUGUGCUGACUAAAUGAUUUGUAAGAAGUUUCCCCGAGCUGUAACCCAUGCUGUUAUAAUAGUGGCAGCAAAAUGUUGUAUCUUACAUUGAUUUUUAGUCUCUUACUUGAGGUCCCCAUAUGUUUAUUUAUAUUGCUAAUUUAUGGGAAAAUGUAAUGAUUACAAUAAAUGUGAAUUAUACAGACAGGCAAAUGUUUUGUAAUCAUAAUUCACACACGCAAAGACCUGACUGAAACCUUAGACUGUUUAGUACCCUCUCUACCCAUGCUGUUUGUGAUUUAUCAUCUGUCCCCUUAGCAUCCUAAAUUAUGAACUAACUGCAAAGAAAAAAAGUUGUUACAUAGUAUUUGACGGAAAAUGAUUGUUAAAUGAAAACACAGUUGAAAGCAGUGGCUUAAUCUUGCUGUAAAUAUGUAAAAAUAAAUUAAAAUGUGAUGCUUUU